AUGGCAAAACAAUUGUUACUUUUCCUCCUAGGUCUCCUGUCCUUAGGUGCUGUUCAUGGAUCCUUUCUGGGUAAACUUGCUUCCAAGAAGAUCUGUGCAGAUGAUGUGUGUGAAUAUACUAUUUCUCUGGCUAGAGCUCAAAAAAUGUAUGAAGGCCCCGAUUGUAGAUUCCUUAGCUUUACGGAAGGACAGCAGAUCUAUAUUUACUCAAAACUGGUGAAAGAAGAUGAAGAAGAUGAAGAAUAUUGGGCUGGCAGUGUGUAUGGUCAAUGCCUCCCAGACCAGAUGGGAAACAUGGGCUAUUUUCCUAGCAACUUGGUUGAGGAGAUUCAGGUGUUCAAGGAAGCCACCAAGGAACUCCCCACCACAGAACUUGACUUCAUGUGUGCCUAA